AUGGACAAAGAUGCCUUUGCCAAAGUAUUGGACAACUCGCUGUCCACCCUACGACAGCAGAUCUUGGAGGCCUUUCCUGAAGUUCCUGAUGUUCCUGAAGAGACUUCGGUGUCCCAUGUGAGUUCUGCGAAGAGCAGCAAGGUGGAUAGUGUCAAGGGCAAAAAGCGCGAUCAACUGAGUGAAGUGAGCUCAAUCACAGAGAUUGAUGAGGACGUCUACUUGGCCUCGCAGAGCCCGCGCACGCUGCGGUCCGGACUGAAAGGGAUGAAUCCUCAAGAAGCGCUUCAAACCAGUCAGCGAUUGCGUGUGCGACUCGGUGCGAUCUCGGCUCAGAAACUUGUCUCCGGCCAGUCGCUGCAUGACGCCGUAGCAGCCUUGGGCCUCACGCGUUACACUGUAAAGGAUAUGAACGACUUUGUGAACACCGUGGCUGACUUUAUCGAGCUGGACUUCCUACCAGAUGGCCGGCACAGUCGGGGUGACGGCUCCGGAACCUUUGAGAAUGAUAUGCACUAUGGCACUCCUCUGUGGAGUUGGCCUGCAGCUUCGAAAUCCUUGCGGAAGUCCAUGCAGAACGUGACUGCGGUGACAUCCUUUAAGCCCAGGAAAGCCUUCAAUGUGGUGCCAGCACAGGCAUUGAUGGAGCUCUUCCUGUCCGAAGAGGGUCUGAUUCACAAAAGGCUAUUCGCGCCACGCUUGCUCACGCAGUUUCAAGCCAUGAAAGAAAUUCUAUUGGCUGGUGAUACCAAUCGCCUCGUGGCUGAGCUGACCUUCGUGCGCAUUAAUGAUCUUGCAACACCGCCAGAGCCUACGCACCCGCUUAUGUACAUCGAGCCGUUUGUUGGCUUGCUGAUCAUCGGAAACGGCGUUAUGAUUGGCUUUCAAACUGACCCUCUCUUUGAGAACUGGCCUGGAUGGGUCUGGUUCGAGUUGUCCUUCACAGUCAUUCUGCUUGUCGAAAUCGUUCUCCGAAUGCAUCUGCUUCGGUGUCGGAAUUAUUGGUGCGGAGUAGAAAAGUGGUGGAAUUGGUUUGAUUUAUUUUUGGCUGGCACUGGCGUCACCGAUGUAAGUGUGCAAUUGGCAUCCUCAAAAAACUCAGAUAUAUUUGGGACAUCAUUGCUGCGAUUUUGUCGAUUGAUCCGCUUGGCAAGGAUAGUGAAGGUAUUUCGCCUGAAAUUUAUGAAAGACCUCCGCCUGAUGGUGAAGGGAUGGAUUGCUGGAAUUCGCACUUUGGCGCUUGCCUUCACGUUAUUAUUUGCAGUUCUGUAUGUGCUGUCUGGUUUUGCCACGAUGACUAUAGGUAACAGCCCACGGACAGUGGAAGUGGAUUUGCAGCACUACUUCGAGACCAUCCCGAAUACCAUGUUCACAGCGUUUCGCUGCUUCACAGGGGAGUGCGUGAAUGAUAAAGGACACUCGAUCACAUCUGUCCUAGCUGACGAGUUUGGUGUAGCCUUCAUACUGGGAUUUGUUGCUAGUUAUAUGCUUGUCACGAUGGGCAUCUUUAAUGUCAUCCUCGCUGUCUAUGUUGACAUCACCAUGAAAGCUGCGAAGGAAAAUGAGGCCGUCACAGCUGAACAGUAUGCCAGAGAAUCCAUCCGCAUAGCUCGAACCACUCGGGAGCUUCUGAAGAAGUUUGCUGCUGCCCAUCGAGAGUUUCUUCUCAUGGAAGAAACCAUUGAUAUUGGCAACAUUAACCGAAAAGAGUUCAAUCCAAUGCCUGCGCUGUUCACUGAUGACGACGUGCGUGACCAGAUCGAAAUCUCAAAGGAACUAUUUUUGGUGGUCAUCCAAGACCACAGUGUUCAAUCGCUCAUGGACGAUUUGGAUUUACCACCAGACCGCGCCAAUCUCUUCGAAGUGAUCGAUGCAGAUGGUAGCGGAACUUUGCAAAUCACUGAGCUCGUGCAGGGGUUAUUGAAGAUUCGUGGGGACAUCAGCAAGAGCGACACUGUGGCAUCAUUGCUGGCGACCAAAGCCGUUCAGCGCAUUGUUGAGGAGAUGAAGGAAGACAUGGAGCAGAACUUCGAGUCCACGCGAGAUGCAUUCAGGGCCGAAAUGGCGCUGUACAUGGAGGAACCCACCUUCCGCCGGUCAGUGGAGAGAGGAGUUGAUGAGCCACCAGAGCAGCCACCUUCCAGCCUUCAAGCGACUCUUCCUCUAAUGGAACUGCCGGACGCCGGAGCUGAGCCUGGGCCUGGUGGAGCUGGACCCGAGGCUUCAGCGAAAGUCCGUGCGUCCUUGCUGUCAGUUGAUCUUGCCUUUAUGCCGACCACGCUUUCGGACGAAAGAUGA